AUGGUAUCCGAAACUGAGGCACUGGACAUUUAUCGCGACGCUAUCCACUUCGACGGAUUGAAUAUCGCCAACUUCUCGCGCGAGAUCUUCGAAGCCUGGCACAAAGGAGGCAUAACAGGUGUAUCCUGCACAUGUGGAAUCUGGGAAGGAUUCCGCGACUCGAUCGCGAACGUGGUACAAUGGAAGAAAUGGUUCGAGGAGCACUCUGACCUAAUUGUGCAAGCGCACAACGUACGCGACAUUCGCCAGGCGAAGAAAGAUGGCAAAACGGCUGUCCUACUAUCCUGGCAGAACACAGCCGGCAUCGAGGAUAAGUUAGAUUACCUGCGCGUGUUUCGCGAUCUGGGCGUGCGCAAGAUGCAGCUCACGUAUAAUACGCAGAACUACUCCGGAGCUGGCUAUACUGAGAUUCGAGAUUCGGGGCUUACGGGCUUUGGACGAGAGGUUGUCGAUGAGAUGGGCCGGUUGGGGAUUGUGGUUGAUUUGUCGCACGUAGGGCCGCAAACUAGUGAGGAUGUCAUUGAAUACGCGAGCAAACCACCCUGCUUUAGCCAUGUGUUGCCGGCUGGACUUCUCGAGCACACUCGCAAUAAGUCGGAUCAUCUUAUUCGGCGCAUUGGAGAGAAGGGAGGAUUUGUGGGGCUUAGCCAGUUCGGACCGCAUAUGGCUAAGGGCAAUGAGUCGACGAUCGAUGACUAUGUCGCGGCAGUGGACUAUGUUAUUGGCUUGAUUGGUGAAGAUCUAGUUGGCAUUGGUUCGGAUGCCAGCGAGGGCCACGGUCGGCCUAGUGAUUUUAUGGCCUGGUGCAACAAAGAUAAGGGCUAUGCACGACGCCUGACUCCCUGGGGCAGUCAGAAGGUUGUCAAGCCUCUUGGGCCUCUGAGCGAACGCGCAGAGCUGUCUAAGGCCAUGGCAAGGGCCGGCUGGUCAGAGGCGAAGAUGCGCAAGGUGCUUGGAGAAAACUGGUUGAAUUAUCUCGAGCGAAUCAUCGGUGAAUGA